CCACUGCACGCAUUUUCUUUUUAAUGUAAACAAUAACAUAACAUAACCUCAAACGCAGAAAUGAAAUUUGGUAUUCCACUUUCCUGCCCACUUUUAAUAUUAGCAGUAUUAGUAUUAUUCGCUAUAAUUAGCGAAACUAAUGGUAAAGAUCAGCCGAAAUUUAAACUAAAAAUCGGUAUAAAGAAGCGAGUAGAAAACUGUGUUUCAAAAUCGAAGAAGGGAGAUUUGUUACAUGUUCACUACAAAGGCAACCUUGAAAACGGGGAUGAGUUUGACAGCAGUUAUACCCGGGGACAGCCGUUAACGUUUACGCUCGGUUCUGGUCAGGUGAUCAAAGGAUGGGAUCAGGGUUUGGUUGGAAUGUGUGUGGGAGAGCAAAGGAAGUUGGUGAUACCUUCCGAGUUGGGCUAUGGUAAAAAAGGGGCACCUCCUAAAAUACCUGCGGAUGCAACCUUGACAUUUCAUGUUGAAUUAGUCAAGAUCGAGCAGAGGGAUGAGUUGUAGUUGUAAUUUCGUAUGUGCUGCACACACUUACCCUUGUAAUGUCAGUUAAGCCAUUCCCUGUAAAAGUGUAAAUCAUUCACACUUUUGUAAAAUUUACUUUUGGAAUCAUGUAAUAACACUUAUGUAAACUGUAUGUUUCAACCAAUGAGCAACAAAGAAACGUAUACUUUAGAAUAACAAAAAUAUCAAGAGGUUUUAUUUAAUGGUGCUUUGAGUUUUAUUUUUGAUCUUAGUAGAUACCUAAACUGAUAAUCAGGUAUUGCGUGAAAGCACAUAUUUUGUAGUUUUUGAUGUUUGUAUGAGGCUGUGUUACGUCAAUGGCCACAAGCCUUCCGUUUCAGUAUUUUCAAUGUAAGUGAGUACGUACUUAAUAUUUAGUAAUACAUAUCACAUUCAAUUGAAUGAUUUCAUUUGUAUUACUACACAUACCAUCAUAAUUGUAAUAAAGUUUUAAACUGACAAAUCCGUGUUCGCUGUUGUCUAUAAAUUGCCAUUUGCUGGCUUAAUAAUGCAAUAGCAAUAGAGGUUUUAGACCAAUCAAAGGACUGGAGAAUAUAUCUUUAGACUUGUGCGAAACUGGCUCAUCGCAGGUCUCUAUUUCUUUUAUUGCUGUGGAAUAUUCUCAAAUAAUAAAAAAAGCUGGUUCCACUCAAUCUACUAAUAAGAUAAAUCACUGCUUAAUCUGGUUGGUAAUAAAACACAGAAAUGUACUAAA